AUGGCUUGUGAUUUAACUGCUUCUAAUGAAGUAGGUAAAGAAAGGUCAGGUAUUGUAGUAAUUAAAGUUAUUAUUCCACCCAAUGAAAUUAAUGCAAAUCCUAAUAAUAAUAAAAUUCGAGGAAGGAGGUUUACAGGCGACGAAUUAAUUGUGGCAGUGUUGGUAAUGUUAGUGGUAGAAAUGGUGGCAGUGGUGGCAGUGGUGGCAGUGGUAGUAAUGGUAAUAGUGGAAACGGUGGUGGUGGAAAGUAAGGGAUGGGAAGUAGUAGUGGAUUUUUGGGAAAUAACCGAAUCAUUUGAUCUCAUUAAAAAUGAUUCUUUUUCAUCUGGUAAUUGCGUUAAUGGCAUCGAUAGUGGUAAUGGUAAAUACGCUGUAGUAGCCAUAACCAAUUAUAUAUUUUAUUAUAAUAUUAGAAGUAAUUGGAACACAAUAAUUCUUAAUAAUUCUAAUAAUUUAACUAAAAAAAAGUAG